GCGAAUUUCAGUGACCCGGGCCAAUAAAGAUUUAUUUUUUCAUGAGACUAAAGCAAAACGACGCCGCUCUACCUGUAACAGACAGACAGAGGGAAUCCCUUGCUCUAGCCACCACUAUAAGGCGACGUCGUAGGGGUGUCUUGCCGCCGCGCCACCAUCUUCUUCAAACAAUAAACAUUCAGUUUCCAUUACUCGGAACCCUUAAAUUUGGAGACCGAAAACUUCUCAUUUUUCUGGCAAGGGUGCAGGGAGCAGUGGUCUCCUUUUCUCCUCCCAAUCUGCCGCAGACGACGGCGGCGAGGGCGCGCGACGCACGACGGUCUGUGACUCAACCGCGAGCGGUUCAGAAAGAGGAACUAACCACUGUGGGGCAGUAGAAGAAGAAGAGUGAAACCCUAAUCCUCUAAUCAGAACAAAAUGAAGAUUGUUUCAGUUGCAGUUAGGUCACUAAGUGUCAAUUUGUCCCAUCAGUUUUAUCAGACUCAUAUGUUCAGAAGCCUUUCCACUUGGGGAUUUACAGAUAAUCAAACCAGUGAUCAGCAGGCUAACAAGUCAGAACCUCCUGAGGAGUUUGGGAUGUUUGGAGAAAAUCGUGGUAGAUUUCCCCAAUUUGAUUCCAUUCUUGAAAAGAUUAGCCAACAGGGAAGGGCUCGACAUAGAUCUGGUUUUGGAAAUGGUGCUGGUUUUCAUAUGAUGGAUUAUCUAGAAGAAAAUGAUGACUCGUUAUCUGAUGGAAUGGAUGAAAACCUGAAGAAUGCUGCCACAUGCUUUGAAGUUGAUGAGGAUGAAAUUGAGAAAGAAGAUUAUGCUUUUCGAUACGAUACCGAUUUCAUACCUGGUUCAACAUAUGAUAUAAAGGAUCUGGAUCUUACCAAACCUGGUGUACGCAAGCCUCCCAUGAGGGAUGAAUUCCGUGUAACCACCAAAGAAGUUCUCAGUCAAGCAGAUUUCAGGAAUGUAAGAUUCCUGGCAAAUUUCAUAACAGAGGCAGGAAUUAUAAUCAAGCGAAGCAAGACCGGCAUCAGUGCAAAGGCUCAAAGAAAGGUUGCCAGGGAGAUAAAAACUGCUCGAGCAUUUGGCUUGAUGCCCUUUACAACAAUGGGAACGAAGUCAUUUAUUUUUGGAAGAACUAUGGAGAAUCUUGAUGAAGACUUUUCAUACGAAAUUAGGAAGCAGGACAUGGAUGAGGAACCUGAUUUGGAUGGAGGUCAAGCUUAGAACAUUGGUGUAGAUACUUAUGCUUGUGGAGUUAAAAGUAACUUGCAUCAUCCCAUCUACUUUUUCUUUCAUUUCUCUCUUUGGCCAAGAGACUUCAAAUUUAUUGGAAUCCCAGUUUUGCAUCUGACUUUCUUUUUUA